ACGCAGCCUCUCUCUCGCCUGCUGAAAGCAUGAAGCAUUUUGUUUGGGCCGCUAAAGUGCGCGUGCUGUGUUAUUGAAUUUUGUUUUAGAGCAGGGAACAAGCACUUAACUAUCGAGAAACGAUGGAUGAUGAUGCUGAAACGUACAAGCUGUGGCGCAUUCGUAAAACGGUAAUGCAACUAAGCCAUGAUCGAGGUUACUUGGUGACGCAGGAUGAACUGGACCAAACGCUAGAACAAUUCAAGGAACAAUUCGGAGACAAACCCAGUGAAAAACGACCUGCACGGUCUGACCUUAUCGUCCUGGUAGCGCAUAACGAUGAUCCCACCGAUCAAAUGUUUGUGUUUUUCCCGGACGAACCCAAGAUUGGCAUUAAGACGAUCAAAACGUACUGUACCCGCAUGCAGGAGGAAAACAUUCACCGUGCCAUUGUCGUCGUGCAAGCCGGUAUGACCCCGUCGGCAAAACAAUCGCUCGUCGAUAUGGCACCGAAAUACAUUCUGGAACAGUUCCUCGAAUCGGAACUGCUGAUCAACAUUACCGAACACGAGCUGGUCCCGGAACACGUCGUCAUGACGCCGGAAGAGAAACAAGAGCUGCUUGCCCGUUACAAGCUGAAGGAGAACAUGCUGAUGAGGAUACAGGCGGGCGAUCCGGUGGCACGAUAUUUCGGACUGAAGCGUGGUCAGGUUGUUAAAAUUAUUCGUCCAUCUGAAACGGCCGGUCGCUACAUCUCCUAUCGCUUGGUGUGCUGAGUUGUAGCUUUCACUAAUAAAUCGUAUCAAAAAAAUCGUAAAAUCUUUCCAUCCAUUGGAGAGAAUUCCAAA